AGCUGUCAUCGUGCAUUUUCCAAUACUGGUUGUCACCACCCGUAACAAAAACAAAAAUCUCGAACGCAAGAUAAUUUUUGGUAAAUCGCUGCACAAAAGAAACAUUAAUAAGAAGAUUGUUCUCUUGAAAUAUUGAUUUUCAAUCUUUUUUAAAGUAAGCAACCUAAGAGCAGAAUGUCCGUAAGAGACUUUAUCAAGGGUCUACCCAUUCACGACUCGAGCAAUUUCACCCACUUAAGCAAUGAGCACGGGAUUCGAACCUCGCAGAAACGGGCCUCCGUCUACCUGCCCACCGAGGACGAGCAUUCUGAGCAGCUGAUCGUGAUGGACAAGCGAUGUGUCCUGCUGCGCUACCUCACACAGCAGUGGGACAAGAAGACGCUUCAGCGGAAGAGGGAGCACGGCGGCGAUUCGGGAAACGGCAACGGCAACAGCUCCACUCCCAACGGCAACAGCACCAACAGCAAAAAGCGCCCACGCUUAGAUCCCAACGAGCUAAAUUAAACGGCAGGACCUCAACCCAAGCUCACGAUGGACAUCCCACACUGCACUCACGACCCUGAGCUUCGCCAGCAUCAUUUACACUCAUAUAUAUUAAAUGAAAUACACUUAGUACAAAGGAGUUGCAGUCGAAAAGUCCUUUCAUAGUUUUGUAACCCGUUUUUUAUCUGUAUAAAUACCUGGCCUUCGUUUUAAUUUGAGGUGUACCCAAAUUAUCACAGCUAAAUGCUGUUUUUCUGGCCAACUAUUUGCAUACCUCUUUUUUUGCUAAGAAAGAACAUCAAUCGUAUAAAAAGUUGAAUAAAACAUUUUGUUAAUUUUGUUACUGCUAGUUCAUGAA